AUGAUCUUGGUCGAUGCUGAAAAAUCACUCGCAUACCAAAACGAAAGCGCCGAGACAUACAAUAAAACGCCUGCGGAACAGAUAUUAUUUGGAGACGAAAUUAUUCCGGGAGUAUUUUUGGGAAGUUAUGCUUCAGCAAAAGACAGAGAUUGGCUAGAUCAAAACCAAAUAACGCACAUUCUCACCGUUGCUACUGGACUGUCACCUGCCUUCCCUGAUAACUUCACAUACAAAAUUAUAACAGUGCGCGAUCAUCCAUACGAAAACAUCCUUGCACAUUUUGACUCGAGCGCAAAGUUUAUUUCAAACGCUAUAAGAAAAAACGGUAGAGUGCUCGUACACUGCCAAGCUGGUGUUUCAAGAAGUGCGUCUGUAAUUAUAGCAUAUCUAAUGAAGACCAAAAAUAUGGUUCUUGAUGAUGCUUGGGACUAUGUUUCGGAGAGAAGAUCCAUUAUUGCGCUUCCGUCAGCAGCUCCGGAUAUAUUCGGCUAUGGGUUGUUCUCAGUCGAGCUUUCACAUAAAGUACUUGGAAUUUCGCCUACGCGUCUGGAGUAA